CGUGUGCCGUAGCUGAGGGGGCCGGUGGCCGCUGCGGGGAGCCCGGCCCGUGUGGUUAUGUUUCACACUAUGUGCUGACUGUCUGUACUUACAGAAGAUAUUUAAAAACAAACAGACUUUUUUUUCAAAGAUUUUGAUUCCAGUGGAAUCUGUGCUUUAGAUUUUUGUCUUGUCAAUUAACUCCUGAAGCAAUGCCUGUACAAGCUCCACAAUGGACGGAUUUUCUCUCCUGCCCGAUUUGCACACAGACUUUCGACGAAACAAUCCGGAAGCCCAUCAGCUUGGGUUGUGGCCACACUGUCUGCAAGAUGUGCCUCAACAAGCUCCACCGUAAGGCAUGCCCUUUUGACCAGACCACUAUCAAUACAGACAUUGAACUCCUUCCUGUGAACUCAGCCUUGCUGCAACUAGUGGGUGCUCAGGUUCCUGAGCAGCAGCCAAUUACUUUAUGUAGUGGAGCUGAAGAUACCAAGCAUUAUGAGGAGGGCAAGAAAUGUGUGGAAGAAUUAGCGUUGUACCUCAAACCACUCAGCAGCGCGAGAGGUGUGGGUCUUAACAGUACUACUCAGAGCGUGCUAAGUCGUCCCAUGCAAAGGAAACUUGUGACAUUAGUUCAUUGCCAGCUGGUGGAGGAAGAAGGGCGGAUCAGAGCCAUGCGUGCAGCACGGUCGCUUGGUGAAAGAACAGUCACAGAGCUCAUUCUUCAGCAUCAAAAUCCUCAGCAGCUCUCUUCCAACCUCUGGGCUGCGGUGAGAGCCAGAGGGUGCCAGUUCCUUGGACCAGCAAUGCAAGAGGAGGCUUUAAAGCUGGUUCUACUGGCUCUGGAAGAUGGAUCUGCUUUGUCACGAAAGGUCUUGGUUCUCUUUGUGGUUCAGAGGCUGGAGCCGCGAUUUCCUCAGGCUUCUAAAACUAGCAUUGGGCAUGUUGUCCAGCUUCUUUACAGAGCCUCGUGCUUCAAGGUGACAAAGCGAGAUGAGGAUUCCUCCCUGAUGCAACUGAAGGAGGAAUUUCGAACUUACGAAGCUCUGAGAAGGGAACAUGAUUCCCAGAUAGUUCAAAUAGCUAUGGAAGCAGGUUUACGGAUUGCACCAGAUCAGUGGUCCUCACUGUUAUACGGAGACCAGUCUCACAAAUCCCAUAUGCAGUCUAUCAUUGACAAGUUGCAGACCCCAGCCUCGUUUGCACAGAGUGUUCAGGAAUUAACUAUUGCUCUUCAGAGGACUGGAGAUCCAGCUAACCUGAAUCGUCUUCGACCUCACCUAGAGCUCCUGGCUAAUAUUGAUCCCAGUCCAGAUGCUCCACCUCCGACGUGGGAACAACUGGAAAAUGGACUGGUUGCUGUGAGGACUGUGGUUCAUGGCUUAGUUGAUUAUAUCCAGAAUCACAGCAAGAAAGGAACAGAUCAGCAACAGCCUCCUCAGCACAGCAAGUACAAGACAUACAUGUGCCGAGACAUGAAACAGAGAGGAGGAUGCCCCCGAGGGGCCAGCUGCACCUUUGCGCAUUCACAGGAGGAGCUAGAAAAAUUCCGUAAAAUGAACAAGCGUCUGGUUCCCAGAAGACCCCUGAGUGCCUCCCUGGGCCAGCUAAAUGAGGUGGGCCUGCCUUCAGGAGCUAUCCUCUCGGAGGAAGGGGGAGUGGACUUGCCCAAUAGGAAAACUUCUGCUCUGCCAAAUGGAAUUGUGUCAACAGGCAGCACAGUGACGCAACUUAUUUCUCGAGGGACUGACUCCGGUUACGAAACUGCUCUGAAGCCAGGGAAGAUGGACCAUCUGAGUAGCAGUGCCCCUGGAUCCCCUCCUGACUUGCUGGAAUCUGUCCCCAAGAGCUCUAUUUCUGCCUUACCAGUGAACCCUCAUCCUGUGCCCACUCGGGCACCAACAGAUCUGCCUUCAGUGUCUGUCACCAAGCAGUUGCAAAUGGUACCACGAGGGUCUCAGUUUCAUAAUACUCAGCAAGCAGAUAUGUUUUAUCAAGAUCCUAGAGGAGCUGCCCCACCAUUUGAGCCAGCACCCUACCAACAAGGAGUUUACUAUCCCACUCAGUCCAUGUCUCGCUUUGUCCGACCUCCUCCAUCAGCUCCUGAACCUGGUCCACCUUACUUAGACCAUUAUCCACCCUACCUUCAGGAUCGUGUGGUGAGCCCACAGUACACACAGCCACAGCAGUAUCCUCCUAUGGGACAACCCAUAUACCCACCACACUACGACAGCCGUCGCGUAUAUCCCCCUGUCCAGCCAUAUCAGCGAGAGGAGAUUGUCCGAGGAAGCCCUGUACCCAUUGAAAUUCCACAAGCAGCUGUACCUUCCUACGUACCUGAAUCCAGAGACAGAUACCAGCAAACAGAGGGUUAUUGCCCAGUGGCUCCACAUCUCGGUCAGAUCAGACCUUCGUGCCACAGGCCUCAUCCCAGCCUGGACGAACUUCACCGCCGAAGGAAAGAGAUCAUGGCCCAGCUAGAAGAGAGGAAGGUGAUUUCUCCACCUCCUUUUGCGCCGUCACCAACCUUACCUCAUCCGUUUCAUUCAGAGGAGUAUUUGGAUGAAGACCUGAAGGUAGCUGGGAAAUACAAAGGAAAUGACUACAGCCAGUACUCUCCCUGGUCCUGUGACACCAUCGGCUCCUACAUUGGAACCAAAGAUGCAAAACCCAAAGAUGUUGUGGCAGCAAGGAGUGUGGAGAUGGCGAACGUAGAUAGUAAAGCCAUGCGUGACCAGCGAUUAGACAUGCAGCGAAGAGCAGCAGAGACUGGUGAUGAUGACCUCAUUCCAUUUGGAGACCGACCAACUGUGUCGAGAUUUGGGGCUAUCUCUCGUACUUCCAAAGCGAUGUACCAGAAUUCUGGUCCCAUGCAGGCCAUGGCGGUUCAGGGAGCUACCACCAAAUCAAUCAUUUCAGACUACAAUCCUUAUGGAACUCACGGUGGCUGGGGAGGCUCUCCAUAUUCUCCUCAUCAAAAUAUACCUUCUCAGGGACGUUUCAAUGACAGGGAGAGACUGUCCAUGUCAGAUGUGGCUGGUCAUGGGAAACAGUUGCCCUCAGCUGAACGAGAGCAGCAGCUGCGCAUGGAGCUGCAGCAAGUAGACCAUCAGAUUAGUCAGCAGACACAAAUGCGAGGCCUAGAGGCUGUUAGUAACAGGCUGCUGUUGCAGAGGGAGGCGACUACCCUGGCAGGCCAGCCACAGCCCCCACCCCCACCUCCCAAGUGGCCUGGGAUGAUCUCAAGUGAACAGCUGAGCUUGGAGCUACACCAGGUGGAAAGGGAAAUUGGGAAGAGAACCCGUGAGCUGAGCAUGGAGAGCCAGUCUUCACUAGAUAUAAAAAACAAACUGGGCACCACUAAACAGACAGAAAAUGGACAAUUAGAACCACAAAGCAAGGUUCCAGCUGAGGACCUCGCACUGACAUUCAGUGAUGUUCCGAAUGGAUCAGCCUUGACACAAGAGAACAUUGGCCUCCUGUCAAACAAGACGGCAUCUCUCAGCCUGUCGGAGGACCCAGAGGGAGGAGGAGACAACCACGACUCCCAGAGAGCGGGAGUUACACCCACGUCUGCUCCAUGAAGUGAGGCCAGCACACCCCAGAGUUGCUUUUGCUGGGGUGUCGGUAGCUUCCAUCACGUUUUUUUCCAGGGGUGAUUGGCGAAACCCAGGAGCAACAGCAGUAGCAGAGCAGCAGGUCCAGAGGCAAUGUGCACAAACACAACUACUAGAAACAAAUCCUGCACAUAGUUCACAUUAACGCAUUUUUUAAUUAAAAAAAUGAAAAUUAGCAGUAUCUGCAAGCAAUUCAAAUUAAAUUUGUUUUUGUUCUGUGAAUGAACUUUAUUUUAAUAACUUUGGACGCCUUGGAUCCCAGGGCUUAAAAAAAAAGAUAUUAUAUAUAUACUCUGUUUGAUUAAUUGUAUGAUCUUAAUGAAGUAGGUUUUUUCUUUUAUUUUGGUAUUAUUACAUACCCAGUGCAUAAUUCCUUAUCACCUUAAUUUCUCGACAACUAAAACAACCUGGCCGCUUCCUUGUAUGGUUUAAGGGUAAACAAGGAAUGAGGGUUGGAGAGUAGCUGUGAAUUGCAGUGUCAAAAGAUGUGCAGCAAACUUGAUUCUUAAAACAGUUCCUCUCAUUGUGGCUAGGAACUGAACCCUAGCUUGUGCAAGACUUCUUGCUUAAAUUAUUUGGGUUUAAACUACAAGUGACAGAAUCUAUGCAAUGCAACAGGUGCAGUCCUUAGUGUAUGUCCCAGCAAAGCACGUGUAAUUAAAGAGGAAAACGAAGUAAGUGUCCAACAUACGUUAUUUUAUUUGAAGGUUGCUGGCCUUUUAUUUUCUGUUGGGACUAAAGAGGUCAGCAGAAUGCAGACCAAUCUACUACAGCAUUGGUAUUUCUGAAGCUGGUUAGCUGGGGCUUGUGGUAGAGAGGCUUAACUAACCAGUGAGGGUUGUGGAGCCAUGACCAAGGCAGAAUCUCUAGAAACAGGAAGUGUAGAGAACAUAAGGUUAUGCACUUGCUGGAGGGACGUUAACUGCCGAUGAGCUGGUGAACCAUGUUAGUUCAUCCAGUGUUUGCUGGGGUUUUUUUUCCCCUUCUCGCUAUGGCUUUAAAACAAGCUUACCCAAAGCCCAUACAAUUAAGUUGAUGCAGAGGGACUUGCUGACCUCUCUGCCUUUUGAAACAGGUCUUUCACGUAAGCCUCCUUCCCAGCAACUCUUGCCUUUGUUUUUUCUUCACUGCUAUUUUAUUAUUGUUAUUAUUAUUAAAAACAUGAUUUCCUUUAUAACCUGAUAUUUUUCUUCUUUUUGUUCAGUGAUGUAUCAGUUAUUUAAUUGUAAUGCUGUUGUGAGGGUUUUUUACUGAAGGAGACCAACGUCUUUGAUUUGUGUCCAUCAAUGGUGGCAAUCUUUAAAACCUAGAGGGGAAUUUUUAUUUCUUUUUUAAAGUUGGCAUUGUUUAAGGUCUGUGUGUAUUAGAAUUGGACACCUGGGAAUCAAUCUGCAGCUUGUCUGCCACUGCUGCCAUCUAGGAAUCCUUCCUAGAUUCCCCUUUCACAGGGGAAAAGUUGCAUCAAAUGACCACUUAAGGUCCAGCAAAGAUCCUGUCAGAAGUAGUGAGAAGUACUGAAAAUCAAAUUUUGCUUGAUAGAUCUAGUGUGCUACUGCUCCAAGUAGACGCUUGUAAGCAUAAGUUGGAGAAACUGUAAGCCUUUUUAGGUGUUUUCUUUAAAAGUUAAAGAAAUGAAAGAGAUUUUGUUCUUGCUGCACAUCUUUUGACUCUUUUGACAUGCACUGGGUUGAGACCUUGUAUAUGAAGAACUCUGUGGAGAAUGAUUUUACAGUGCUGCUCCCUCUGCACCUUCUUGGCGUGUUCUCGUUUUUUCUUUCUGGGUUAGACUACUAAAUCGGAAAGCACUGGUUAUGUAAUAAAUUACUGCAUUGCUUUGGUUGGGUAAAGCAAGAGUUAAUAAAUUUUCUUGGGUUUUAGUUUUUUUCCUUAACCUUAACUCCUGCUGAGGUCAUAGCAACCUUGGGCUAAGCUUUGCAUUCAUCAUACUGUUAAAUAAAACAAA